UUUCAUCAUUUAAAUGCACAAAUGAGACUUUCCAGGCGGAGACAUGACAGUGGCAGCUAUUGGCUCGUGGAGUCUUCCUGUUCAACAAGUUAGUCCUGCUCUCUUUUUUCUCACUUUGGAAGGAGAUGAGCUGUAGUUGACAAUUACCUCUGCUCGAAGUUUGUCGGGAUUUUUGGUUUCUGCCGGAUGUGCUGGAGUAAAUUAAUGUAAAAGACAAUUUGGAUGCUUUUCUCUCAUUUCAGUUAUUUCUUUAUAUUUAAGCUGGCUUUGCAGAGGCUAAUCCAAUACUGGCUGUCUUCAUGUCUAAUGUACAAAGUCAUGCAGUUCCGCCGGCUUGUGUCCUUGGUUUGUUGCUGCCUGCUGCUUCUUGCCCUCAUAGGCAGGCUCCGCAGAGAAAUAAAGACCUCAAGACACGCUCGGACAUUUGAGCAGUUUGAGCUCUUCAAGGUUUGUAAGAACCAGAAACGUCGGGAUGACGUCUCCCUCAGCAAGCUGGUCCUGGACAGCAUCCUGGUCUCAGAUCAACACAAAAUCUUGUUCUGUGAAACACCCCAAGCGGGCGACGUUGAAUGGAAGAAGCUCCUGAUUGCCGCCAGUGGAGACUACCCCAGCGUGGAGGACAUCCCAGAGAACCUCAUUCACGACCACAAAAAUAACGGCUGGCCCCGCCUCUCAUCUUUGACGCCUCAGGAAAUAACGCACAGACUGAACACGUAUUUCAAGUUCAUCAUCGUGAGGGAUCCCUUCGAACGUCUCAUCACGACGUUCGAGGAAAAAUUCCUCUUCAGGAAACCCACAGAAGUUUGUUUCCAGCACACCAUCGCCCCCGCCAUUAUCCACAGGUACCGCAAAGACUUCCCCUUCCUCGCUGAUACCGGUUUGAUGUUUGAUGAGUUUGUGCGUUACCUGGCGGACGCGGACGCCCGGGAGACCAUGGACUGGCAGUUUGGCAGGAACAUCGUCCACUGGGCCACCUACGCCGAGUUGUGCGCACCCUGUGACGUCCGCUACGACGCAAUAGGCCGCCACGAGACGCUGGAGCGCGACGCCACCCAGAUCCUGAGGAAAGCUGGCAUCGAGCGCGUGGCGUCCUCCCCGCUCAUCAACCCUGGCAUCACACGCGACAACAAGACCAAGGUGGAACGCUACUUUGCAGGAGUCAGCAAGCAAGACAUCAGGCGCCUCUAUGAGCGCUAUGAGGUGGACUUUCACUUAUUUGGAUAUCCCACACCUGACUUUCUCCUCAACUGACAUUCCUUUUCAUUCUUAUGGGAUUUAUCAUGCAACUCAAUUAUGAAAAUGAUGAUUGAUCUUUUUACAACAUAGCCUCCUUGCCACCUAAAGAAAGUAAGCAUGCUAAUGUUAGCAUGCUAACGUUAGCAUGUGUCAAGUACCAAGUUGUAUGACUAGGAAGCGUACGCAUGUAGAAUUAGCUAAAAAAAAGAGUUAGUAUACCAACAGUUAUCAAGUACCAAGUUGUAUGACUCGAAGGUGUUCGCUGUAAAAUUGUCUCAAACAGUUAGCAUGCUGGAAUGCUAACGUUAGCAUGCUAAUAGUUAGAAUGCGACAAGUACCAAGUCAUAUGACUGGGAAGUGUAUGCAUGUGAAAGCAGCUAAAAAAGUUACCAUGCUAAUAUUAGCAUGCUUACAUGCUAAUGUUAGCAUGUGUCAAGUACCAAGUCGUAGGACUAGGAAGAGUACGCCUGUUAAAUUAGCUACAAAAUCAAAAAUACCAUGCUAGCAGUUAA